CCCGCGUCGUCGAUCUAUCCGUUAACCCUAAUCUCUCCUCUCUCUCUCACCCCGCCCUCCCUCUCUCUCUCUCUUCUGCAACUCCGUUGAAGGAGAACAGAGGAGAACAAAUUUUUUUUUUUAUUUUAAAAAAGGAAGAGAAAAUGGGAAAGCUUAUAUGCGAUUCGACGGCGGUCGCCGAAACGUUGCAGACCUCGUCGCCGACCAUCCCAUGGAGAGAUCCGACGGCAGCUUCGCUCGAUCGCAUUGGAGCUGUAGAUCUCGUUGAUCAGAUCACGUGGGAGAAUGUAACCGGCUUAGAAGAUCAGCAAAGACGCUACCUACAGAGACUGCACGCAAAGGGAGUGCUGUGGAAACAUCCAGAGGAUAACAGCAAGGCCUCGCCGUCGCCGCCGAGAUCGGUGGUUUUUCGGUUGUCGCACGGCGGAGACGUGGAGGCUGACGGGAACUGCCUUUUCACGGCGUCGCGGAAGGCGAUGGCGUGUGGGAUCGACGCGCGCGAGCUGAGACGGAGGACGGUCAAGAGGUUCUUAGAGGAUAUUGGAUCUGCGAGUGUUUCCGAGAGAGAGGCGAUCGAUGAGGCCAUUAAGCACAUGUAUGCUCCGGAUCUGAAGUCUGGAUGGGGAAUACAUGUGGUUCAGGAGGUGAAAUUGUUGGCGAAGAAGGAGGAGCGUGAGGGAUUGGAUGCGGCGAUUGACGAUCUUGUUCACCUCGGGAUGCAGAGAGAAAUGGCUGCUGAAUCUAUUUGCAAGGAGAGAUGUAUAGCAGUGGAUGAUGCUCCCAGUUGGGCGAAAUACAUGUCCAUAUCUGGCUCUCCUGGUGAUGAAUAUGAUAUCAUCACCUUGCAAUAUACUGAGGAGGGUUUAUUAUCUGUAGAUGAGAACAGGGAAGGACACGCUGCUGCUUUUGGGGAUGAUAUAGCAAUAGAAUGUCUUGCAACAGAGUUCAAAAGAGAAAUUUAUGUGGUACAGGCACACGGAUCAGAUGCAAUGGUUGAUGAAGAAAAUUGUGUUUUUUUCCUCCCACACCGUCCAAGGGGUCAAAUUUGUGAACUUCCAUUUUUUCUUUUCAUGAAAGGCACAGGUUGGUGUGGUGCUGGAGCUGAUCACUAUGAGCCCCUUAUUGCUCAUCCUUCUUCACUUGUUUCCCAGGAAAAGGUUGCAGUGGUACUCUGAGGUCAUUAGUAUUUCAGUUUUGAGGGUUAGAGGUUGAAUAGAAGCAGUUAGUUCCUUUUUACCCCCGAUGUUUGCAAUGCAAUCUAGUUCUGCCAAUUCUUUUCUAAGGCACAAGGAGAAUUUUCAUUGCGUAUCAUUCAUUUUUUGUUAACAGUUUCUAGAAUUGGUCUUUGUUGACUCUAACUCUGCAGGUUAUUGUACCUGUACUUGGGUGACACUGUAGUCUUGUAUUGUAAUGUUUUUGCCGGCUUUUGUUGUUGUUAUAAUUGAGUUUCUUUGAGGGUAAUUUAUUUUGUAUGGUCUUGGUACGGUUUUGCCCAAGCUGGAAGGUGGUGCCUCUGUUGUAUCUUAGCCCAGAGUUUUAUGCAAAUGAUAAAAGUAAUUUUUUU